AAACCUGGCCGGGCAGUCUCUGUGUCAGUCAUCAUGUCAUCUUGGCACAGCUAAGUGCAUAGCCUGGCACCCAUUGAUAAACAUGCUGUGUGCACCCACAGACAGCGUUCUCAGCAGACAGUCUGGCAGUGCUGAUGGGCAGGUUAAGCCUCACCCCCCUCCGGCCAGCCGGCCCCCACUUGUGCUGCUGUCAGCUUUGGGGCUGGGGAGAGACAGGCAUAGGGGUGUGGAGAGGCACAUGCAGGGUGGGGUAAGGGCCCGUGGCAGCUGCCUCACAGGCGACCAGUAGUUUUCCCCUGUGGACGCCCGGCUCUGAUUGUUUCUUUGUGUGCCGAGGACCUUCCCCUCCCAUGAGUUGUGCUUUUCUGUUGUCCUGUCUUCUUUCUGUGUUUCCCUUCAUCCAUCUCUCCGUUUUCUCUCCGUCUGUCUGUUUUCCAUGUCCGUCGCCCCCUCCAUUGAGUGGCCCGUGGCUGGCUGUCUCUUGUGUGCUCCAGCUUGUGUUACAGCAGAUCUGUCAUACAGAUAGCUGAUCCCUGACACUUUCCUCUCGCUUUGUGUCCCAAUGUGUCACCCCUUUUACUCCGUCACCUCCUCCCACCCUUUGUCAACCGUUGCUUCAGCUCUACUCUCCCGCUUGGGCAUGACAAGUUUAGGACCAUGACACCCUGGUCAUUUUCAAGUGGAUUUCAUGUUUCAUGCCACCCUGCCUGUCAUGCAAAGGAGCAUGUCGGGCCCUCAGGGGCCAAACUGGUGCUGGGAGAAGGUAGUGGGAGUGGAUUGCAGUUCACCAGAGCCAUGCUGCAUUUGGCUCGCCAGCUCAAGGAAUGGAGAACGAAGGUCGGCAACCCUUCCAACCAGGACGAGGGGUUCCCAUUGGGGUACACAGCAAGGGGCCCCCAUAGCCCCUCGGGAUGGGGCUCGACUCAGCAAUUCCCCACCUCCUGAAGAGCCCUUUACAUGGGUCGGACCCAGGACAUUGAUCAUCAGGAAAACCCGGCAAGGAUUUGGCUUCACUCUGCGCCAUUUCAUCGUGUAUCCACCUGAAUCCGCAGUCCAUGCCUCACAACAGGAAGCCAAUGGGGAUGCAGACUACCCCUCUGCAUCUAGUCGUUUGGAACCAAUGGACACCAUCUUUGUCAAGCAGGUGAAAGAAGGUGGACCUGCACAGCAGGCUGGAUUGUGCACUGGUGACCGCCUUGUAAAGGUUAAUGGAGAGAGCAUAAUCGGGAAGACGUAUUCACAAGUCAUUGCCCUGAUACAAAACAGUGAUGAUGUCCUGGAACUCUCCAUUAUGCCAAGGGAUGAGGACAUACUACAGCUGGCGUACUCCCAAGAUGCAUAUCUGAAAGGGAACGAGCCAUACCGUGGAGGUGCCUAUAGUAUCCCUGAGCCACCCCCUAUCUUCUAUCCAUGGCGGGGUCAUCCACCUGAAUCUUCUCCUGGCUAUCCUGUAAGCUCCAGGGUGCAGCGCCCCAGCUAUGAGGACUUUUCUUCCAUCAGAAGCCCCAUACAUGGUGAUGUGCCGAGGACCAGCCCCGCUCACCAUGACAGCUAUUCCAGACCUGUUCCAAAUCCUCUCCCUCACCCCAGACCUUACAUGGGGUCUCCAUCUUCAUCUGACAGAUUCAGAGGACCAGGCCCUCCAUGCAAUUCAGCAUAUGGUUGGACUUCACGAUAUCAGCCAGAACCACCAGUUAAAUCUCCUGUUGACUCAUGGGAGCAGACAGCUAACCCCCGCUGGGUGAGCCAAUGGGAGAGACACCAAGCACUGUGCAGCUGGAUGGCCCAACAGACCCCUCGUCAGAGGGGUACAGCUUUGCCCCCAAGAAGACGUAGUGCCUCACAAGAUCGCCUAGGAGAAGUCUCCCAUCAUAGUAACUGGCCUCAUAGUGUGUCACAAGAUACUCUGCACCAUACUCCUGAUAAUGAUUCUUGGGGUCAUCGGGCACAGUCGGACAAUUUCCUUACCCGUUAUGGAAGGUCUAUGGAGAAACUGGAGCUGAAUGCUUUAAUAUCUCCACCUUAUGAACGCCCUAUUUGGUCUUCAGACAGACCCUCACGGACAGCUCAAGUAGUGUCACGUCCUACUGUAAGUCAGACUGUGCCAUCUGUUCCUAGAGAAGCCGCCAAACCUCCAACCCAGCAAUCUAGUUCUGGGGAUUCUGGGUACAUCGGGUAUCGGAGUUACAGUCCAUCUUUUCACCGUCGGACUGAGUUGCUUCAUGCGUUUUCCUUUAGGGAGACUGCAUUUAGUGGCUUCCCUACAUUUAGGACAGCACAAUAUCCAAGUUCUCCCCCAUCCCCGACAGAAAGAAGAGAGGCAUCUGUAAGUGUCAGCUCCACUGAUGAGAGCAGUGCCACUGAGGAGAGGAGAGAGGAGGUGGUAUUAAGGCAAAAACCACCGUCGGGACGCAAGGCACCGGCAGCUGCACGACAAGUCAAUGUGGUCUUUCCUGAAGAAGGCAAAGACUUGGAAUUUGGAUCUUCUCCUGCUGGCAGUGAGGAGACGACAAGUGAACGACCAUCGCAGAGGGUACCCCCUUUACCAUUUUCUGAGGAGCCUCUGGCAUCGAUCCCUUUUAUUGAUGAGCCAACAAGUCCAAGCAUUGACCUCCGAGCCAAACAUGUCCCUGCCUCCUGCGUGGUAUCCAGCACCAUCAACUCUGCCCCUGUGAUCUCUGACAGUCCUUCCUCCCCAACGUUUAGUUUUUCCAUCGGCCGCCAUUACUCCCAGGAUUGCAGCAGCAUUAAGUCCAGCCGGCGUUCCUCAUAUCUUCUGGCCAUCACCACUGAGCGCUCAAAAUCUUGUGAUGAUGGACUCAACACAUUCCGCGAUGAAGGGCGGUUACCGCGGAGAGUUGUGGGCCGGGUGCCGAGUCUGCGGAUGCUGCGGAGCUUCUUCACUGAUGGGUCUCUGGAUAGUUUGGUUGCAUGUGAGGAUGGUCGGUCUAAACGGCACUCCGCUUCUGAACUGUCAGAUACAGAGCUCAGUGAUGUGCACAGGGAAGGCUGGCUGCUCUAUAAGCAGAUCCUCACUAACAAGGGCAAGAAGGUUGGCGGCGGGCUCCGUCAGUGGAAACGCGUGUACUCCAUCCUGCGCCCUCACCUCCUCUUCUUGCACAAGGAGCGUCCAGAGACACGGGGGCCGGGGCCAGGUGAGGAGGAGCAGCCGAUCAGCAUCCUUGGAAGCCUGGUGGACAUCUCUUACAGCGAGACCAAGAGGAAGCACGUCUUCCGGCUGACGACACCUGACUUCUGUGAAUAUCUCUUUCAGGCUGAGGAUCGAGAUGAUAUGUUAGGCUGGGUAAAAGCCAUUAGAGAGAACAGCCGGGACGAGGGUGAGGACCCAGGCUUUGCCAGUCAUGCUUUGAUUAACAAGAAGCUCAAUGACUAUCGUAAAGUGAGUAUUACUGGGGCCAAACCUGACACAUCCCCUAAGGGGACAAGAAGCCUAGGCAUUCGAUCAGAUGCUCCUCGCUCACCCAGACAGGACAAUGCUUUAAAAGAGGAAGGGCCUUCUUCAAAAGUUCCUUGGGGGAUCAACCUCAUGAAGAAGAACAAAAAGUGUCCACCAAGGGCUUUUGGAGUGAGACUGGAAGAUUGUCAGCCUGCAGCAGAGAACAAGGGCGUUCCUCUAAUAGUGGAGCUGUGCUGUACACUGGUUGAACAGAAGGGUCUGGAGUAUUUGGGAAUAUACCGUGUUCCUGGGAAUAAUGCUGUGGUGAGCAGUCUGCAAGAAUACCUUAACAAGGGUCUGAUUGAAACCAACAUACAGGACCAGCGGUGGCAGGACUUGAACGUGGUCAGCAGUUUGCUUAAAUCAUUCUUCAGAAAGCUGCCUGAACCCCUCUUCACUGACGACAAAUACAGUGAAUUUAUUGAAGCAAAUCGUUUGGAGGAUUCCAGGGAGAGGAUGAAAAAACUUCGAAAACUGAUUAAGGAACUCCCUUCAUAUUAUUAUGAGACGCUGCGCUUCCUGGUUCGUCACUUGAAGACGGUGGCUGAUCACUCAGAGAAAAACAAGAUGGAGCCUAGAAAUCUGGCCUUGGUCUUUGGUCCCACACUCGUGCGCACAUCUGAGGACAAUAUGACAGACAUGGUCACACACAUGCCGGACCGCUAUAAGAUUGUAGAAACGCUUAUCCAGCAUUCUGACUGGUUCUUUAGUGACGAUCAUGAAAAAGCUGAAAAGACUCCAGUGGAUGAGUUCGAUGCACAGUCUGUACCAAAUAUCGAACACCUCCUGCCAAACAUUGGAAGGACCAUAGCCCCAGGAGACACCUCAGAUUCAACUAACAGUGAUUCAGCCAAAGCAAAGGCAUCUCGGAAGGAGCUAUAUGCCCGCGAUAUCCUGUCCAUUCCCUUUAUUUCAGCAGUGAACCGUAAGCGCAGGAAACGAAGAGAUGAGAAGCGCUUUGGGAGCAGCACGGAGGAGGACGACUCUGAGCAGGAGGUAGCACGGAUGGGGCAACCUGAACAGGAGGUGGAGAUCAUAGAAAAGCAAGAAAAAACUGAAGAACCCCAAAAUCCAGUGUGUUCAAAGACCCAAGAUCGGAAAUUAUUAGAUGGAGGGGACAUUGAAGCAGAGACUAAAAGCUCUGCAAGUAGGUGGUCAGCUCCUGUAGAGGAAAGGAUCCCUGCAGAUGCCCGUUCAAUUGUGUCAGGAUACUCCACUCUCUCGACAUUGUGCUCAGAGCCAGCCUCCAGUGUUCGUGGAGGUGAUGAGGCUGAUGAUGAGCGCAGUGAAUUCAGCCACAUGGAAACAGACACAGAGGCAGGCGGAGGAAGAGAAACAGAACGUCCGCGCUCACAAGACUCUUUCACUUCUCAAAGGCUCAUUCCUGGAGAUACACUAGCUCGAAAGAAAUUUGGCAAGAGUAAACUUGAAGGAUCCGAGGAUUCAGUACCCUCACACUCUCGUACCCCUCAGCGCAUUAGACCGGCAGCGGCAGAUGAUCUUUGCAUGGCAGCAAUGCGCAAGCCUGGAUCCCCAGAAACUCGACGUAGGAAAAGCGCUUGGCGGCGGCACACAGUUGUGCUCCCCGGGCAGCUUACUGACCUUAAUUUCAAUGACUGGAAGGAGCCAGUUCUUGGGGCAACAUCAGCUUCUGAACCCAGUGCCCGAUUAAGUGGCGGUGCCUGGGUAGAGGGAAGGGACUCAGGACUGAGUAGUUUGGAAUCUCAGAAAGCCAAAACCCCAGCAGUUCAAGAACCUGUAGCCAGCAAAGGGUCCAAAUCCCAGAAUCCUCCUCUUCCUGGACUCCGCCAUUAUUUGUAACACCCUGCUGUCAUGAAUGCCAUGUGAUGGUUUUUCUUCAUACAUAGUCUAUACCAUAAUGCCAUAGACGCCAUGGUUUCAGCUCCUUGGGAAAAAAAAUGUUUUUUUUUACAUUCUUUGUCUAAUUUGGUUCUUGACUGGUGCCAUCUUCUCCCACAGUUUCCACUACAGACCAGAUACAGGAAGACAUUUAGAGGGACCUAACAAUGAGUCCUGGAAAGUAUCCACAAUGCCUCCCCCCAGAAAUGUGAGCAACCACCGGCCGUUCAUGAAUGGUUACUGUGUUCUCUGUAAUCCGUGAAGGGUGAACACAGGGAAUCGUCACAUUUCUACAAAGCAACCCAUUGCAGACAGUCUGGAAUGAGAGGAUUAUAGAUAACUGUGCAAAUAGUUUCUCAAAUAUAGAUUCCAACUAUGGUGCCUUAUUCCAUGUUUUACAUAUUUAACCAUUUUCCUGCUUAGACUUCAAGCUGAAGGUGAACAAGGGCAUGUGCAAAAUGUAUAGGUACAUGCAUAUUGGUCUGUAUAUUAUGUGAAGUACACUGUGAGCAGUAUACAUAGUGUAAAAAAUGUGCAGUAAAAUUUCAUGAUUCCAGCUCCUGGUGGACCAGUGUGCCAUCCACUUUGCUAUAUGCUUUCAUGGCCUCAGUCCAUCUCCUUUGAGGAAUGAAGGAGCCAUUAAGAAAUUUCUCCGUACAUUGUCCUAUAAUUUGUGGUCCUCUGUAUGCACACUGUACACUAUUUGAUGCACUGCCCUUUUGCAGGACAGCUUGUUGAAGUUAAAUUUGGCGGCUGGAUACCAGUAGACCUUAAGGUUACAUGCACACACGGCAGGUUUGUUGCAGAAAGUUCUGUGACUGUCCAUUCAUCUGAAUGAAGAAAUCUAUGAACAUGCUACAGGAAGAAAAACAAUUCAGAUGCAUGGAACUGAUUUUCAGAGGCAGAAAUUUCUGCAACUAAUCCCAUUUUGUGGUCAUGAGGAUGCAAAAUGUAAAAGCAGGAAAAUGCAUCCAUCUCCUUCCAAGAAUGCCAUCUAUUGAGCUUUGCUGUACUAUUCGCAGGAGGCAGGUGCAGGCGUGGAGGGGCCUGUAGUACCUACUAAUGUUAGAGGAUGAAUGUGUAGUGAUAAGUGUCUAUCUGUAUGUUUUCUUCAGUCUAUACUUCUGGUUAAACUCAUUUAGGGCAAAAUUUACACGCAAAAGUUGCUGCAAGCGUUUCUCUGACUGUUCUGUUUAUGGGGCUUUCAGAAAUGUAUGUGCUUGCUAAAGAAACAGCCCCAUUCAGAUGCAUGGAACUGAUUGCAAGAAAUCUGCUGCGUUUAAUUACACCUUUUAUACAGAAAAUCCUGUUCCCUGCUAUAAUUAGUCUGCUUGUACGCUGUGCACCAGUGUGCCUCUAUUGUGUUUUAUGACUGAAGACUUAAAGGGGUUGUCCGAGUUAUAAAAAAAUUAUAUAUCACUGUAAAUCUGAUGGGCAGCAAUAUAUAACUGAGCUAAGCAAGUUUUAGGCAAAAAAAUAUAUAUUUCCUCAGGGGCG